CUCUCUCUCUCUCUUUUUGCAGGUCAUCUGUAAAGAGUCCAGAAUCUGUGGGAGGGAUCGCUAACUAAAUCCAGUAAUGAUAAUCCUGAUAAGAAAUGCCAUAAUUCUCAUUUGCAUGAUGGAAACAAUCUACCAUGCUAGGAAACUUCCCUUUAAUCCAUUUAAUCUUGUUCCUCCUCGGAUUGUACAGUGAGAAAAGGGUCUGUGUGGUGUGUGUUUAUUUAAAAGUAACCACUGAGACUUCCUCUUUGUACUGUCACCUUGCGUUCUCAAACCAGGGCUAGCUUUCCUUUGCCAGAGGCUGUAGAUAAGCAGGCAAGAAUAGAAAGUGGAAAAGCACACGGGCAAGAUUUAGGGGACAGAGUGGAGGCAGGAUGGCAGAGCCUGGGAAAAUCCCUGAACCAGCUCCUCGACGGAUCUUCCAGGAGAGACAGAGGAUUACUGCUCUUCCCUUGUACUUUGAAGGGUUUCUAUCUAUCAGAUGUACACGGUACCAGGAUUUUCAGCAGUACUGGACAGAGCUCAGAGGCACGACGCUUUUCUUUUAUAUGGAUAAGAAAACCCCAGCAUACACCAAGAAGCUAGAGUUGGUGAAUCUGACAUCAAUAGCGAACGUGUAUCCAGAUGAAAGGAGGGGGGGUGCCCGGUUCCUCCUGAUGCUGCCGAAUGAGGAUGUGGAGCUGAAGGUCGAAGAUUACGACAAUAGGGAGGAGUGGAAAAGCUUUAUCCUCACAGUCACACAGUUGGCAGUUCCAGCGUGUAUAUCACUGCUCCCUGGACAGCUUAUUAGGCUGAACGAAGUGCUAGAGAAAGAAAAGAAAAGGAGGACUGCCAUGAAACAGCCACCUAGUGCCUCUUUGAGCCAAGAAACAUCAAACAACGGAGACUACAUGAACACACUGAAAAUUAGACGUUUCCCUUUUCUUUCAGGGCAGUUCUUCCACAGUGGUGGGCCAACACCACCAAGUUGUGAUCAGAAUCCAGAUCCUAUCAACAUUCAGGGAAGGUCUAGUCCUCAUGCUCUUUGCCCCGCGUCGAAGGAUCAGCUUGGGCCGGUGGAACUCGGCGCGUUCACGCUACUUCUUGCCUCUCUCCUCUGCAGGUGCUUCUAUGCAGUGUCGCGGCAAGAAGCCAUCGAGAUGUUGGAGAAGGAUCCCUCGUGGGGCAACCUGAUCCUGAGGCCUGGUAGUGACAGUAAGAACUUCUCGGUCACUAUCCGACAGGAUAUCGAUGGUCCAUGUAUAAAGCACUACAGAGUGGUGAACACAGGCAAAGGUUACACAAUUGAACUGGCCAGAUCAGUGACGCUCCUGAGCCUCCGUGACGUCAUUGAUUACUUUCUGAAGGAAACCCGGGGGAGCUUGAUGCCGUUUGUCUCUCACACGUAUGACAACAGACUGGCUGGACUUUCGUUGGCACCCGCCCUGAGAGAGAGGCACCUGGCAACGGCGUCUCAGCCCAGCAUGAAGACUCUCAGAAGCCCAAUGCCUGAGCAAGUAACAGCACCUCCUUUGGAGUAUCCUGUGGCCAGAUACGUGCAUGAAACUCUUGGCAAAGAGCUGAAAGAAAAAGUGAAGAAGAGACACCGGGGUGAAAGACAACGAGCACCCCAACCCCUGUGAGGUGGACACAGACACAGGCAAAGUCACAUUCCAGCCCCCGAAAUCCCUGGGGGCUCCUAACUUUAAUAGUGCAAUCUCCCUUUGUAUCAACAAGGCCCCUAACUGGGGGCAAUGCAUUAUGGCACAUAACAUUGGAUAUCUAUUUCCUACGGCUUCCUGUUUGUACAAAGCAAAGUCCAUCUCCGCGGCACUAGGCACAUGUGUCUCAGCAACCUUCUCAAAGGCAGGAAGAGGGGAAAACCCACUCCAGCCGUAGCUCUUAACCAGUGCACCUUCCCUCCCCAUCCCCGGACAAAAGGAACGGUCUUCAGAGAGCCCCCGACAGUUUAGUUUGGACUAAUGUGGACCAAGGAAGAAGGAAGUGAAUUUUGAAGCACAGAGGUCUGCCUACAGCAGGGGUGGCCCACCUGUUACAGAUGGAGAGCCAAAAUAGUGGUAGAUACAGCAGCGCAAA